AUGCUGGGUGGUGCCAUCGGCGACUUGUGCGGCGGUGCCGCUGUCACCGCCGCCAUCACUGCCAGUCCAGCUCCCGCGUUGCUCUCCUCCUCGGCGGUCAAGGAGGAAAAGGUGGCUUACAUUUGGGGCACGCACAUCAGCGAGCGUAAUGUGCAGCGCAGUGAUCGAGUGGAGAUGUCGGCCAAGUCCGUUGCGUCAGCCACCGCAACGGCAGAUCGCAUAACGGCUGACACAGGGGUGCGUACCUACGUGGUUGGCUGGUAUCACAGCCAUCCGCGGAUCCCAGUUGUGCCGUCGGUCGUGGACCUACGCACACAGCGGAGCUUUCAACAAUACCUGGAGAGCGGCUGGGUCGGCCUCAUAGCGAGCGUCUUCAACACAGAACCGAGCACUAAUCGCAGCCACUGCGCGCUUCACUGCUUCCAGGCGGGGCCGAGCAACGAGCACGUCGAGUUGCCCAUGCGUAUCGUUGCUCAGUCAGACCUGUUCGCUUCCCUUGACCCUAUCGCUGCUCUGCCGGAUACCACCUCAGAGCUGUUUCGAGUCUUGCAGCAGGAAGUGCACGACGCGGUCGCCAGGACGGUGCGAGAAACUGCGCACGACGCGGCUGCCUCCCGAGCUGUGCGAGGGCUGGCUGAAAUGCUGCUUUUUCAGAUCGACCGCCUUGUUGCAGAACCGACGCGUAAGGAGCUGGUGCACUGCUCGUUGCCUCUCUUGCGCGCCACCUCGGCGCGCCUGGAGAAGGUGUUGGUCGAGUCCGCAAGGGCUGCAUCGCCUCAGUGCUGA